ACCACAUUAUCGAAUGAAACUAUAAAUAGCAGUGGGAGGGUUGGUAGAAGGCGUGAGCCCGUGAGGUUGGAGUUUGAGGACGCACAAUUAACUCACAAUGUGGAAAGCGUUGGGAUAUGCAGCGUCGCGUCUCGGUCGAUCGCGGCCGUUCACCACCGCGAUCCCUGGACCCUGUAUCGUCCACAAGCGCGGCGCUGAUAUUCUCCAUGAUCCCUGGUUCAACAAGGAUACAGGUUUCCCGAUAACUGAACGAGAUCGACUGGGCCUUCGUGGUCUUCUCCCACCUCGUGUUAUAUCAUUCGAACAUCAAUAUUCACGUUUCAUGGAGUCAUUUCACUCGCUUGAAAAAAAAACUCUCGGUCAUUCGGAGGGUGAUGUGUCACUGGCGAAAUGGAGGAUCUUAAACCGACUUCAUGACAGAAAUGAGACAUUGUACUACCGAGUUCUUAUUGAUAACAUCAAUGAUUUUGCUCCUAUUGUGUACACUCCAACUGUAGGAUUGGUAUGCCAAAAUUACUCAGGGUUGUUCAGACGCCCACGUGGGAUGUAUUUCAGUGCCAAAGAUAAGGGAGAGAUGAUCUCUAUGAUCUAUAACUGGCCUUCUGAUCAGGUAGACAUGAUUGUGCUGACAGAUGGAAGUCGCAUUCUUGGUCUAGGUGAUCUUGGAGUUCAGGGGAUUGGCAUACCAAUUGGCAAACUUGAUAUGUAUGUUGCAGCUGCUGGCAUCAAUCCCCGAAGAGUACUUCCUAUUAUGCUUGAUGUUGGAACAAACAAUCAUAAGCUUCUAGAAGACCCUCUAUAUCUGGGAUUGCGGCAGCAUAGGUUAGAAGGAGAAGAAUAUUUAUCCAUAGUUGAUGAAUUGGUGGAAGCUAUUCAUGCUCGUUGGCCAAAGGCUAUUGUGCAGUUUGAGGAUUUUCAAGCAAAGUGGGCAUUUGAGACUCUACAUCGCUAUCGGAAAAGGCUUUGCAUGUUCAAUGAUGACGUACAGGGAACUGCUGGUGUUGCUCUAGCUGGUCUGUUAGGGACUGUUAGAGCGCAGGGUCGACCAUUAACUGAUUUUGCCAAUCAAAAAAUAGUUGUGGUUGGAGCCGGAAGUGCAGGGCUUGGUGUUCUGAACAUGGCAAUGCAGGCUGUUUCGAGAAUGUCAGGGCCAUCAGCGAAUCCCCACUUUUUUGUUGUGGAUAAGAACGGUCUUAUCACAGAAGAGAGGCAGGACCUUGAUCCAGCUGUUUUUCCUUUUGCUAAAGCGGCCCAGCAUGAGAUCAAGAGCAUAGGACUUCAUGAAGGUGCAAGUCUUGCUGAAGUGGUUAAAAAGGUUAAGCCUCAUGUGCUUCUUGGUUUGUCUGGAGUGGGUGGUAUCUUCACUGAGGAGGUGCUAAGGGCAAUGCGUGAGUCGGAUUCCUCUAAACCUGCUAUCUUUGCGAUGUCAAAUCCCACAACUAAUGCUGAAUGCACUGCUGCCGAUGCUUUUAAGUAUGCUGGUGGAAAUAUUGUGUUUGGUAGCGGGAGCCCCUUUGACAAUGUUGACUUGGGAAAUGGAAAAGUUGGUCACGUAAAUCAAGCAAAUAAUAUGUACCUCUUCCCAGGGAUCGGUUUGGGAGCUCUCCUUUCUGGUGCAAGACAUAUUUCUGAUACAAUGCUGGAAGCAGCUGCCGAGCGCCUUGCUUCUUAUAUGUCAGACGAUGAAGUCAAACAGGGAAUCUUGUAUCCAUCAAUUAACAACAUAAGGGACAUUACAGCAGAGGUUGGCGCUGCUGUUUUGCGAGCAGCUGUUUCUGAAGAACUCGCGGAAGGAUAUCGCGACGUGGGGAGGAAAGAGCUAGAACACAUGUCAGAGGAGGAGAGUGUUGAACAUGUAAGGUGCAAUAUGUGGUAUCCAGUUUACAGUCCUCUUUUUGCUGCUAAUUUCCUGUACAGUUAUAGCAUGGGAAGAAGUAGAGUAUACAAUUGUUUAUGCUGUUUUCUCCAUGUUCGUCUUGGCAAAACAAAUGGU